AUUUCUGUAUGCUCGGUAAUUGGUCAAGAUACGAAUCUAUCGUUCGGAUAACACCAAAGUGCAGAGCGGAGAAUCGGUAUAUAAAUGGCUUCGUGCCACCGCAAUUCAUCAGUUAAAUAACUAAAGAUUUAUCGCCAUGAAGGUCCAAAUCUACGCCAUUGCUUUCCUCGCUAUUCUGAGCGUCGCCUACGCCGCGCUCGAAUGCCCCCAAAACGAGGAUGAAACCCAGGACGUUACUCUGCUCGCCAACCCCGAGGACUGCACCACAUUCUUCACCUGCAGCAACGGUUCCCCCGUUCUGACCCAAUGCCCCGAAGGACUCGGAUGGAACGCCGAAGACCGUGUCUGCGACUGGGCCGUCAACGUUGGCUGCGAGAUCCCGGAAAAAGUCCCCCCCAAGGAAGAAUAAAAAUUUCACCAGAAAUUGAUACGCCUCACGAUACCGAAUAACUGAGAACUGCAAAGUUCUCACGAGGACACGAAUAUAAAUGUUAUCCAAUAUGUUUUUCUGAGUUAAUAAAACGCAUGAAUUUUGCCAAUUGCAAUUAAA